AUGACCAAUGGUGGUGUCGAUCGGAGUGUUGAGUGUACCGGAAGCCUUAGUGCUAUGAUCUCUGCAUUCGAAUGCGUCCAUGAUGGAUGGGGUGUUGCUGUGCUUGUUGGUGUGCCAAACAAAGAUGAUGCGUUCAAAACACAUCCAAUCAAUCUCUUGAAUGAGAAGACUCUAAAGGGUGCUUUCUUUGGUAACUAUAAGCCACCUUCUGAUCUCCCAUCAGUGGUGGAAAUGUACAUGAACAAGGAACUUGAACUGGAGAAGUUUAUCACACAUGAAGUGCCAUUCUCAGAAAUCAACAAGGCCUAA